AUGGCGGGGGGCAAUAAUCAUAAAGAGGGUAAACCACCCCCUGAUAAAAAUAAUAUUAAAGUAGUCGAUCUCACAUACAAUGAUAUGAUGAUAAAUGAAGAUGAGUCCAUAGAAAAUAAUAUUAAUUCUCAAACUCAACAUGAUAAACAGAUUUCAGAUAGAUUAAAUAGAAUUGAUUUGAAAAAUAGAUAUAAAACAAAUAGUAACGGUCCAUUUUCAGUUUUUGUGGAGCAUAAAUAUUUAAAUUUUGGUAGAUUGCAUCCUCUCAAAAUUGGUGAAAAAUUAUUCAAUCUGAAUGGCGAUGAAAAUGAUAUUGAUUUCUUGCACACAGUUGGUCGAAAUAGGGUCCAGAUUAUGUGUAAAUCCGCUAUAGGUGCCAACAAAAUAGUUGAAAAUCAGGUAUUUGAAAGUAACAAUCUUAUUGCAUAUAUUCCCUCUCAUCUUACUCAAAAAAAAGGCCUUAUCCGUAAUGUUGAUACAUCUUUCUCAGAGGAAGAAAUUUUGAAAAUUUUGAAGUCGUCAGUUCCAAUUAAGGCAGUGCAGAGGAGAUUUAAAUUUGUUCUCGAUAAGGAUGGCAAUAAAGUAAAAGUUCCUAGACAGCAGAUUAUUGUAACUUUCGAUAAUUUAGUCCUGCCACAAUUUGUUUAUAUGUACCGAUUGAGAUACGAAGUUGAUACUUGGUACUCCCCGGUCACUCAAUGUUAUAAUUGUUUAAAUUUUGGUCACACUGCUUCCCAGUGUAAAAGCAAAAAACGAUGCAAAACCUGUUCUAAAAUAUUAAAUGACGAGGGACUGUGUACUGAUUGUGAGACUUUUUGUGUUCAUUGUAAAGAUAAUUCUCAUAUUUCUACUAGUAAAAAAUGUCCUAAAUAUAACAAUCAGGUUAAAAUUAAGCAGGCGAUGGCAAAUCUUAAUGUAUCCUUUAAAGAAGCCGAAAAAAUUGUAGAUAACCCAUCUUAUGCAAGCCUCGUUUCGAAAAAUAAAUUUGCUCCAUUGUCUUCAAAAACUGAUUUUCCUGAAUUACCACCGAACUAUAGAAAUCAAUCUAAUCCCCCAAAUUCAAAAACGACAUUUGUAGCUCAUCCACAUUCCAGCAAGUCUACUCCCUCUUCCAGUGUAUAUGAAAAUUAUAAAAAACGGAAAGUCAGUGAUAGAAGUCCUUCUUUUGAACCCGUUAACAGAGAAUUUGAUUGGUCCUAUACAGGUGCACCUUGGAUUGAGUCUCAUCAGAUAAACACUAAAAAUACUUUUGAAGUUUCAAGAAUUACAAAGGAACUUGAAUAUUUGGAAUCUCAACUACAUGAUAUUUUACCUACACUUAUUUUAAACGAAUUUAGACGUAGACAAACCCAAAAUCGUGAAUUUAAUAAAAUAAAAGCAAAUAAUAUUCGUAAAUUGGAGCACAUCAAAAAUUAUAAUAAAAUUAAAAUAAAUUCAAAAUGGUUUAAAAAUCUAACUUCUGUAAAUAUUCCUGAAGAAGUUGAAAACAUUUUAUUACUCGGACCAAAAUUUAGCUUACCUCCUGAUAAAAAUGACAUUUCUAUAAAACACCUUUUAGCUGAUGUUGAAUUUUCAGUACCUAUCUGA